AUGGAUUUCUCCGACUCAUUUCGAAUCGUCAACCUCGCGGUGGGCGUGAUUAUGGUACUGGGCGGAAUAUCGCAAUUCUUCCUCGGCUUCCAAUCCAUCAUAAUCGGCGCCUACGUCCUGAUCUUCGGCUUAGCCGUCGCCCUCCUCGAAUUCCAGAUCCCCCCGCAAGUCUCGCGCUACGCCUCGUUUAUGUUCUCCUUCAUCGGCCGCGGCAUCUUCUACGUCUUUGUCGGCUCCAUCCUCUUGAACAACGGCGUCUUACGUAUCAUCGCUGGUUCUAUCGUCGGUAUCGUCGGUCUUGGUUAUAUCGCCCUCGAGUUCGUCCCCUCUGUUGAGCCCCCUGCCAACAUGCGCGAGGCCGAUGCUGGUUGGGGUGCCGAGCAGGUAUAA